AUGGAAGUUUGUAAAGGUCGUUUACUUGGUAUCUCAGUCGCUGUUGCUCAUGGAUUUUUCUCGGGAUCAUUGAACAUUUUACUAAAAUUUCUCAUCACGACUUAUAACUUCAACUACCUCACUCUCAUCCAGUGCCUCACCAGCACGCUGGCAGCGGUUACACUGGAGAUACUGAGGAGACUGGGCAAAGUAGACAUACCUCCUUUCAGCCUUCAACUAGCCAAAGUCUUCGGAGGUGUUUGUAUUCUGUCCACAUUACAGUCCACUCUAACACUAUGGUCUCUCAGAGGACUGAGUCUACCCAUGUAUGUGGUUUUUAAACGGUGUCUACCGUUGGUCACCCUAGGCAUCGGCGUGUGCGUUCUGAAGAACGGUAUCCCGUCUGUGGGGGUCAUAACGGCGGUGCUCAUCACUACUGGAGGAGCAGCUUUAGCUGGGUCUGGUGACGUGACGGGUGACACAUUUGGCUACGUGACGGGCGUCCUGGCUGUGAUCAUCCACGCCUCCUACCUGGUCUUGAUCCAGAAGACCAGCACAGACAGUGAAUAUGGCCCCCUCACGGCCCAGUACUCCAUCGCCAUCAUGGCCUCCCCAGUUCUCUUAAUCUGCUCCAUUGUCAGCAUGGACUCCAUCAACAUGUGGAGCUACACGGGCUGGAGUAACCCCUUCAUCUCAGGCAUCUUCUCCCUCUGCAUAGUCAUCGGCUGUGCCAUGAACUUCACCACGCUGCAAUGCACCUACAUCAACUCGGCCGUCACCACCAGCUUCGUGGGAGUGGUGAAGAGCAUCGCCACCAUCACAGUGGGCAUGGUGGCCUUCAGCGACGUGGAGCCCACCAGCCUGUUUGUUGCCGGCGUUGUGGUCAACACUGUGGGCUCCAUCACCUACUGCAUCGUCAAGUACUUUGAGACCAGGAGGAAGACCCUCUACCAGGACCUGGAGGAGCAAAGCAAGGACGAGAUUCUGCCUGGACAAACUUACAUUGAGAAGAAGCCUCCCAACGGAGUCCCCACACAGGACCACCUCCUCAAUGAUCAGAGCCUCAGUGACUACCCACUUCCAGACACCAGCAACAGCAUGGAGUCUGUAGAACUCCAGAGAGAGGCCUUUCAUAACGAGAACCGGGCCAACCAGGCCAACCAGUCUGUGAGUGAAAGUUAUCUAAGGGUGUGGAGGUCCAUCCGUAACAUGCAGUUCUUGAACAAAGACACCUUAAUAGAUAAUAUGGAGGUGCAGAGCCCUUAA